GUGGACGAGGUCGACGAGGGUCUGUUGCAGUUACAGCAGCUGGAGGAGCUCAUCCUCAGUGCCAACCAGAUCAGCAGGAUAACCUCAGCCAACCUGCCGCGGAUGCUGAAGGUCCUGGAGCUCUGCUGUAACGCUGUGGCUGAUCUGCAGGACCUGUGCGCUCAGCCUCCUCCGGAGCUGCAGCAUUUGGGGCUGGGAUACAACAGGCUGUGUGGUCCUUCGCAGGACAACUACCUCACUGCGGACUUCUGGCCAAAUCUUGUCUCCCUUGACCUGAGCUUUAACAACUUCACGAAUCUGCUGGGGCUGGUCUCCCAGCUGUGCAGUCUGCAGAAGCUCCGUGUCCUGGUGCUCCAAGGGAACCCGCUGGCUCUCAUUCCCACUUACAGAGGCUUCCUCGUGGACAGCCUGCCCAAGCUCUCCAUCCUUGAUGACAUCCACAUAGGGCCUGACGAGAGGCACCAGUUCCAUGGUUUAGCGAGGCAGCCAGAGCUGAUAAAGAGCGAAGCGCGAGUGGUUGUGAGCAUUGGGGAAAUCAAGGGAGUCCCUGAUCCCAGCGCUCGUCAGCAGCUGGAGGUUGGCUCCGAGGCUCCGGUGAUCACCUACAGCUACUGUGUGACGUACGAGUUUGCACAGGUAGAAGAGAUCGAGGACGGCAGCAGCACUGAGGUAACAAAUAUCCAUCAGCGUCCCGUGGUGGCCACCCUGGAUGUGGACAGCUCUGCUCAGGACACAAGGGAAGCAAAGGGCCAGCAGGAGCCUGCAGCCAUGGAGGAGCCCAACGCCCACUCUGCAAAGGUAUUUGUCACCCCUGGAAAGCCCUGGGCAAACACCAUCGACUGCAGCUACAGGAAGGAGCACACUGCCAAGGACUUAGUGGGGCUGAAGUCCUACCUGGCGUCUGGAACGAUCGUCUCGGUCAUGGAGGAGAAGGUGCUCUCAUGGCCUGUUGAGGCUGACCCAGAAGAAAAUGCAGUCAUGAAGGGGAAGGCAAGUCGGGGGCUGCAGAAGGACAGUGCCAAGGUUCCUGUGCCCAGGGACAAGCAGAAAAAGAAGUCGUCAUGUGAACUCCGCAGCGAUCCUCCUAUUCGGAGGACCCUGGGCACCGGGAGGGUGACCCUGGAGACCCUGCUGGCCACCGAGGACCUGGUGGCAACCGUGUGUGACUUUGGGAUCCUGAUCACUGAGCAGCCGCUGCAGCUACCAAGUCUGGAGGAGAAGGUAAGGAGCGACAGGAAAAAAGGCAAAGACAAGAGCAAAAAAACAAAAGCAGAGAGAGAAAGUCAGGCCAGCCAGAAAGCCACGGCGUCUGACAGAGGAAAAAGAAAAAACAAAGACUCUGCUGAACUGGAGGAGGGUCGAGGGCUCCAGCCGGUGCCGCUGACAGUUCAAUUCCAGAUGCAGCUGCUUCGGUGGCCCUCAGCAGCCGGUACCCAGAGCCAGGAGAGCAUGGCCAUGGCAGCGGGGAAGACUCA